AUGAUUAAUUCAGGAGAUCUCUCCGAUCGGCGGAUACACAAACCUAGCCGCGGAUCAGUGGUGGUGAGGGAGGUCUGGGCUGAUAAUAUCGACUCGGAGUUCGAGCUGAUCAGUGGGAUGGUCGAGGAUUACCCGUUCGUCUCCAUGGACACGGAGUUUCCCGGCGUGAUUUUCAAGGCGGAGCCAGCUCUUCUCCGCCGUGGAGACCCUGCUUAUCUCUACAAGCUUCUCAAGUCCAACGUCGACGCUCUCAGCCUCAUCCAGGUCGGUAUCACUCUCUCCGACGCCGACGGAAACCUCCCGGAUCUCGGCGGCGGUGAUGGCCGUCGCUUCAUCUGGGAAUUCAACUUCCGCGACUUCGACGUGGAGCGCGACGCGCACGCGCCGGAUUCGAUCGAGCUGCUCCGUCGUCACGGGAUCGAUUUCGAGCGGAACCGCCGCGAGGGUGUUGAAUCGGAGAGGUUCGCGGAGCUGAUGAUGUCGUCGGGGCUGAUCUGCAACGAGUCGGUGAGCUGGGUGACGUUUCACAGCUCGUACGAUUUCGGCUACCUAGUGAAGAUUCUCACGCGCCGGGAGCUUCCGAGCUCGCUGCGGGAGUUUCUCCGGCUGCUAAGAGCUUUCUUCGGCGAGCGAGUGUACGACGUGAAGCACAUGAUGAGGUUCUGCGAGCGGAGAUUGUACGGCGGUUUGGACCGGGUGGCUCGGUCGCUUGAGGUUAACCGGGCGGUUGGGAAAUGCCACCAGGCCGGUUCGGAUAGUUUGCUGACUUGGCAGGCGUUUCAGAGGAUGAGGGACUUGUAUUUCGUCGCGGACGGGCCGGAGAAACACGCCGGGGUUUUGUACGGUUUAGAGGUUUAUUGA